UCACUGCAUUUUCAGCUUCUCUCUCAGUGGCGAAAACCUCUGCAAUUUUCGAGCUCUCUUUUUCUCUCUCUCGUCGACUCUACACUGCUUCACGGGUUGCUCGCUCGCUCUUUUCUUUUCUCUCAGGUUCUGAUUUUGUGGUCAUUUUGUUUAUCGGCUGAAGAAAAGAAAAGCCAGCUUAUAGAAAUACUGACUAAGAUGGCUGGCGGAGUAAUGAUCUCGCAGUUACUAAGGAGGAAGCUUAAGACCCAAUCAACAUCCUUUGGAGCAUUCCCUUUUCUGGGAGGUGGUGCGUCAGAACAUUUGAGCUUGGCAACAGUAGCAUCCUGUUGUGAGGCUGAUCGUGGGUUACAGUGUCCAAGUUACCUCUGGUCUCGCAAUGGUAAUCUCAGUUCACAUGUUCAUGCAUCGUUCACAUCCAAUUUUCUACGGCAAUCAGUCUAUAAUUUUAGUCGAGCUUGCAAAAGAGGUUCUGACUUAGAUGUAUGGGGCUUGAAACUGGGACGUGGAUUCCAUUCACAGUCAUUUCAUAAGUCUCAUUGGUUUUCACCUCUUUCUACUCGUUAUACUGGGAGGUGUUCUUCCUCACACAAUAUUCAACGCAGCUACUCUAAAGUUGCUAGAGAACGGAAGUCCCAAAAUAUGCUUUUAUACCUUGUAGCAUUGGUUUUUGUCAUGGUGGGAUGUAGUUAUGCUGCUGUUCCUCUUUAUAGGAGGUUCUGCCAAGCUACUGGUUAUGGGGGCACUGUUCAGCGCCGUGAGAGCGUCGAAGAAAAGAUUGCUCGCCAUGCUAAAGAUGGAACAGUAACUACAAGGGAUAUUGUAGUGCAGUUUAAUGCUGACGUAGCUGAUGGAAUGCCGUGGAAGUUUAUCCCAACACAGAGAGAGGUAAGGGUAAAACCUGGGGAAAGUGCACUUGCAUUCUACACUGCUGAAAAUCGAAGUUCAACUCCAAUUACGGGUGUGUCUACGUACAAUGUCACACCUAUGAAGGCUGCAAUCUACUUCAAUAAAAUACAAUGCUUUUGCUUCGAGGAGCAGCGCCUCCUUCCCGGCGAGCAAAUUGACAUGCCUGUGUUCUUUUACAUUGAUCCUGAGUUUGAAACUGAUCCUAAAAUGGACGGCAUCAACAAUAUAAUUCUAUCCUACACUUUCUUCAAGGUAUCAGAAGAAUAGGUGAUUUAACUGUCAUUGGUUAAUUUUUAGAUACAGAUGACAGGGCCAAGGGGAUUCAAUUUUUUUGCCAUUGAUAGAGAAUAGUAGGAAAAAAAUCACUGUCAAAAGGCUACUUGUUUUAUUUCUGUCAACUUUUCUGUAAUUAUUUGAGAUUGAGAUUCUAAAUAAAUUGUGUAUGAAUAUGGCGUCUGGUUCUCAUGAUUUGAUUCA